GCAGUGGCCACAAUCAGUUCAGUGGUGUGUUCCUCCAGCGAAGAGAGUUCUACAGUCAGGAUGAAGCUGUUCAUUGCCGCGAUCGCGGUGUCCCUGGCCGUCCUGGUCAGCGGAUCGUACGUCCAGCAGCAGCCCACAGGCGGCGAUAAAAUGAUGAAGUAUGCGGACAAGGACUUCCUGAUGAAGCAAAAGUUUUUCUUCGAGAUUCUGCGCAACAUCCACAUGCCGCUGCAGUACGAGGAGUACAUGGUGUACACCAAAACCUGGGUCGAGGACAUGAAGAUGUACAAUAAUGUCGAUCAUGUGAUGAUGUUCAUGAACAUGUACAAGAUGAACAUGUUCCUGGAGAAGGGCAAAGUGUUCACCAUCUACAACAAGCUGAUGAUGAAGCAGACGUACAUGCUCUUUACCUUCCUGUACAACUCGAUGGAUUGGGAUACCUACUACAAGAACGUGAUCUGGGCGCGCGAGAACAUCAACGAGGGCAUGUUCAUCUAUGCCGUUACGCUGACCGUGCUGCACCGGACGGAUCUGCGCGGAAUGGUGCUGCCAGCCAUCUACGAGAUCUAUCCGUACUACUUCUUCAACACCGAUAUGAUCCGAUCGGUCACCUUCCGCAAGAUGUACGAUCCCAAGUUUGGGUUCUACGGCAACGGAAAGUACAACGUGGUGUACUCCAACUACACUCAGACCUACCCGGUGGACUCGGUGAAAAUGAUGAUGGACGGCGAUAUGAUGAUGAUGGACGGAAACAUGAUGAUGAGCUACUACUACAACGAUAUUGGACUGAACUCGUACUACUACUACUUCAUGAUGGAUUAUCCGUUCUUCCUGGAUGGAGACAUGUUCGGUCUGAUGAAGGAACGCACCGGUGAGAUGUACCUGUACAUGCACCAGCAGCUGUUGGCCCGUUACAAUCUGGAACGUUUCUCGAACUACAUGCGCCCGAUCAAGACGCUGACCUGGAGAUUCCCGCUGAAGCUGGGCUUCUUCUCGAUGCUGAGCUACUGGAACGGAAUGAGCUUCAAGAACCGUGACUUCAACUACAUGAUCAAGGAUGACGACUACCUGAAGCUGGAAUGGCUCAUGGACUGGGAGAUGCGCAUGCGUAAGAUGAUCGACGAUGGAUACUUCAUGAUGGACGAUGGAACCAAGAUUGAUAUGCGUGACUGGAAGAACAUUGAUUUCCUGGGCAAGAUGAUGAACUGCAACAUGGACAACAUGCUGUGCACCAAAUUUGGCUUCAUGGACGUCAUGUCGCGCAUGCUGCUGAGUGGAAACGACUUCAUGUCCAAGAUGGUUUGGCCCUCUGCCCUGAUGCACUUCGAGACCUCGCUGCGCGAUCCGAUGUUCUACUCCAUGUGGGACCGCAUGCUGGAGUUCUACUACAUGUUCAAGAACUACCUGCCGAUGUAUACUGUGGAUGAGCUCAUGUACAAGGGAGUCGUCAUCAAGGAUGUUGUUGUUGACAAGCUGAUGACCUAUUUCGAAUACUUUGAUGCUGAUAUCUCCAACGUUGUCCCGAUGACCAACGUCGACAAGUACUGGGACAUGACGGUUCUUGGCCGUACCAUGCGUCUGAAUCACAAGCCGUUCACCUACACGCUGAACGUGAUGUCGGAGAUCACUGGCAAGGGUAUGCUGCGAGUGUUCCUGGGUCCCAAGUUCAUGGACAUUAUGGACAUCAACACGUUCCGUACGAUGUUUGUUGAGAUCGAUCAAUACAUGGUUGAUCUGAUUGUUGGCAAGAACACCAUCAUCCGCAACUCGCGUGACUUCUUCUGGAGUGUCCGCGAUCGCACCAUGUACACUGAUUUGUACAAGAAGAUGAUGAUGUCUAUUGCCGGCAAGGACAAGUUCAUUCUCGACAUGUCGGAAGCUCACUGUGGAUUCCCGGAUCGUCUGAUCUUGCCGAAGGGAUGGACCAGCGGCAUGCAGAUGCAGAUGUACUUUGUCAUCACUCCGUACAUGAUGACGGAGGUUAAGGGCGAUAUGAUUUUCGACAAGACCUACAUGUGCGGAAUGACGACCAUGGAUAUGCUGCCAAUGGGCUUCCCCUUCGACCGGAAGAUCGAUAUGACGUACUGGUACACGAAGAACAUGAUGUUCAAGGAUGUCAUGAUCUACCACAUGGACGAAAUGAAGGUCAACCAAAGCUAUUAGAAGGACGCAGCUUGAACUAUGUUCUAUGAAAUGGAUUGAAUUAGUUUUUGAUAAAUAGCUAUGAAUCGCACGAAUAAGCAAUAAACAACCGCCUUUGUUAGUUACACACAAAGGAUUAGCGCAACGCAAAGUCA